GUUUUCUAGUUAAUACUGGCGUGUUCACUUUGUAGGCUUAGAAGCUUUUUUAUAUAUAAUAGUAAUUUUUUUAAAAAUAAGAAAAGAAUAUGAAGUCUAACUCUCAGCAAGUAAAAGUUUUUCUCCGUUGUAGGCCACCACUAAAACGCGAGCUUUCUUCGGGCCAAUAUCGAAGCGUUGUUAGCUGUAAUGUGGAACGACCGAAUUCUGUAAAUAUUCGUGUUGAACGGGACGGACAAACUUUCAUUAAAACUUUUGACUUUGAUGGCGUGUUUAAUCAAACUGCCAAUCAACUUGAUGUGUAUAAGAGAGUGGCUGUUCAUAGCAUCGAGGAAAUGUUGAAAGGCUAUGACUGCACUAUUUUUGCCUAUGGACAAACGGGGACGGGAAAAACAUAUACAAUGGAAGGACGUCCCUCGCGAGAAACUAAAUGGGACGUCAACUCGGAUGCUGGUCUUAUACCACGUGUUUGCCAGCAUCUAUUUGAGGAGCUCGAGAAUAUCGAUUCAGAAUAUUCUGUUCAAAUUUCCUAUGUCGAACUUUAUAAUGAAAAACUGCGAGAUUUGUUGAGCCCGCAUUAUUCAGAACUGAAACUUUUAAACGACUCAAAAGGAAAUGUUAUUAUUGAAGGCGUUGAAGAAGUUGUUGUGCAUUCAAAUGAAAAUGUCUACGACUGUCUUGAUGGUUGCUGGAAAAGAAAAACAGCGUCCACCAAGAUGAACGAAAAUUCGAGCCGCUCUCACACAGUGUUUACCAUCACCACACACGUGAAAUCUCGCAAUUCCGGCGAGGAGGAUAUUUUAAUUACAGGUAAACUUCAUUUGGUGGAUCUGGCGGGAAGUGAAAACAUUGGCCGUUCAGGCGCUACUAAUAUGCGUGCUCAAGAAGCUGGCAAAAUCAACAAAUCACUGUUAACUUUGGGCCGUGUGAUCACUGCGUUGGUUGAAAAAACGGGAAGGGUCCCAUACCGCGAUAGUCUUCUUACAAGAAUUUUACAGAAUUCCCUGGGAGGAAAGGCAAAAACAAAUAUUAUAGCUACUAUUUCUCCUGCUCAUAUCAAUUUAGAAGAGACGCUGAGCACGUGCAUAUACGCCAGUCGGUACUUCUAUUAA